AUGGCAGACCAACAAAUAAACCUCGUGGAUCACACGACAAAUGGCGCGAAUACCCCGAGUACGCAGCCCGAACGGCAGGCCAGUCCAGACUCGCACGUCGAAGUCCUCUAUGAAAACCAGCGCGGUUGGUUCGUCUUCGGCAUACCACUCUUUUCCCACAAAGCGCUAUGGAACUUGAGGAUCGACCCUGCGCCCUGGCAGGACGUCAAAUUUAGGCCGUCCGCUGUCAACAUUACAAAUGCUCAGGUGCCUGACCCUAGCUGGGUAUGGGAUUGGAAGAGCUGGUAUGUUGACAUGAGUCUGGAUGUGGAUGAGGAAGGAUGGCAGUAUAGUUUCCUGUUCAAGGGCUCGCCAUGGCACGGCAACCACCCUUGGUUUCAUAGCUUUGUGCGGCGACGGCGCUGGCUCCGGAGGCGAGUCAAGCAGAAGCUGCCACCCAAGACAAAGGCGAAUGCCAGGGAGCGCAUGUUUGGCGAGACUUUCAGCAUCGGUACAACACUAGCCAGGUCGACGACGUUUGGUACCGGCAGCGGCUUGUUGGAUAGCACUCAAGUUUCCCUAGACGAGGAGAUCGGGAAUAUACCGACCUUGAUGAAGAAGUUGAAGGCGGCGGCAAUUGAUCGCGAGAAGAUCAUCUACAUCCACAAGUUUAUUGACGAUGGAGGCGAGGAACUACACUAUCUUGCAGAACAGAUACCCGCCAUCAUGUCUAUGCUCAUAUUCCAAAACUCGCGCCGCCAGCUCCUUUCCACACUCAUGGACCGAUUUGAAGCUGCCAAAGACCACCGUGAACAACACGAAAAAGAUCACAAGCCCGAGGGCGACGCCGAGCAACGGCGUAUCAACAACCUGCUCAAAGCUAUCGAGGCAGCGGACAACGAGUGCAAGAAGUUGGAAUAUUGGAGCGAUAUCAAGAAUCUCACCGAAGAGGGCAAAGCGGGCAAUGCAACAGACCCGAGCAUGGGCUGGGAUGAGAAGUGGCAGGGCAUCGAUGUAAGCGGCGCCAAGCAUCCGGAGUGUUGA